UUUAUGCACAUGGUGUCUCAAUCGGUGAGAUCGUUGGAGCCGCGUUGCCGGUGUAUUGGUUUUUACAGUUUUUCGUCGUGAAAGUCGGGCUUUGCAGGUUUUACAGAGCAGGCGAUUUCAAGCUGAGCUGGUCGCUGUAAGCGUGCGCUCGCCCAACAACCAAAAUGAGGAUCGACGUGGACGGCCUUACGGUGUUCUUCCCUUACGAAUACAUCUACCCGGAACAGUAUUCCUACAUGCUGGAACUGAAACAGUGCCUCGAUGCAAAGGGUCAUGGAGUUCUUGAGAUGCCUUCGGGAACUGGAAAGACCGUCACCCUGUUGUCUCUCAUCUUAUCCUAUAUAAAGGCCAAUCCAGCCAUGGUGUCCAAGCUGAUUUAUUGCUCCCGUACAUUGCCGGAGAUUGAAAAGGUGGUGGAGGAGCUGCGUCGCUUGCUGAAGCACUACCACAAGGAGACCGGAGAGGACAUGAACGUCCUGGGUCUGUGCCUGUCUUCCAGGAAGAACCUCUGCAUUCACCCCGAGGUGAGCAAGGAGCGGGACGGUCACGUGGUGGACGGGAAAUGCUACUUACUGACGGCACCGUACAAGCGGGGACUCUCGGGCGACUCUGCGGACGGACCGGCCUCACAGGCGGCUUCUUGUACCUUCUACGAGAACUUCGACGCCCACGGCCGGGAGUUCAUCCUGCCCACUGGAGUGUACAGCCUCGACGACCUGAAGGAGUACGGCAUGGAGCACCAGUACUGCCCCUACUUCACUGCGAGGCAGGCGGUGCUUCACGCCACCGUGGUGGUCUACAGCUAUCACUACCUGCUGGACCCCAAGAUCGCCGACCUGGUCUCGAAAGAGAUGACGCGUUCCUCUGUUGUGAUCUUUGACGAGGCACACAACAUCGACAAUGUAUGCAUCGAGUCCAUGAGCGUCCGGAUCAACAAAAGGACCAUCGAUGGCAGCAGUGAAAACAUCGACACCCUCGAACAGACAAUCAAAGAGCUGAAAGAACAGGAUGCGGAGAAACUGAAGGAUGAGUACGAGCGAUUGGUGGAAGGGCUGCGAGACGCCAACGUGGCCAGGGAAACCGACGCCAUCCUCGCCAAUCCCAUUCUGCCUGACGAAGUGCUACAAGAGGCCGUUCCCGGCAACAUUCGUCUGGCAGAGCACUUCGUGGCCUUCCUGCGUCGUCUGCUCGAGUACGUCAAGAUGCGGCUGCGGGUGCAGCACGUUGUUCAAGAGAGCCCCGCAGCUUUCCUCAGGGACAUCCUGCACAAGGGUAUGCAUAGAGCGCAAGCCCCUGCGCUUCUGCUCGGAAAGAAUGCGCAGCAUGGUGAAGACGCUGGAGAUUGCCGACCUACCAACUUCUCCGCGGUGAUCAAGCUGUGCAGCUUUGCCACCCUCGUCAGCACGUACACCAAGGGCUUCACGCUGAUCGUCGAGCCCUACGACGAUCGAACCCCGGGGGUACCCAAUCCGGUGCUGAACCUGUCUUGCAUGGAUGCCUCCAUCGCCAUCAAGCCCGUGUUCAACCGCUUUCAGUCGGUCAUCAUCACGUCGGGGACCCUGUCUCCGGUGGACAUGUACCCCAAGAUCUUGGACUUCCGGCCGGUCAUCUCAGCGUCGUUCACCAUCACCCUUGCCAGGCCCAGCAUCUGCCCCAUGAUUGUGAGCAAGGGCAACGACCAGGUGGCCAUGACAUCCAAGUUUGAGACGCGGGACGACAUAGCGGUGGUGCGCAACUACGGCACACUCCUGGUGGAGGUGGCCAGCUCGGUGCCGGACGGCGUCGUCUGCUUCUUCACCUCGUACAUGUACCUGGAAGGGGUGGUGGCCUCCUGGUACGAGCAGGGGGUCAUCGACCAAAUCCAGAGACGCAAGCUGCUCUUCAUCGAGACCCAGGAUGCCGCAGAGACCUCCCUAGCACUCGUAAACUACAUCAAGGCCUGCGAAAACGGGAGAGGAGCCGUUCUGCUCUCAGUUGCCAGGGGCAAAGUCUCUGAAGGGGUUGAUUUCGAUCACCACCUUGGGAGAGCCGUGCUCAUGUUUGGCAUCCCUUUUGUCUACACGCAAAGCAGAAUCCUCAGGGCUCGACUGGAGUACCUGCGGGACCAGUACCAGAUUCGAGAGAAUGACUUCCUCACCUUCGACGCGAUGAGGCACGCCGCGCAGUGCGUCGGAAGGGCCCUGAGGGGGAAGACGGACUACGGCAUUAUGAUCUUUGCCGACAAACGCUUUGCUCGGUGGGACAAGCGCUCCAAGCUUCCCCGCUGGAUCCAGGAGUACCUGAAGGACUCCCUGUGCAACUUGAGCAUUGAGGAGGCCAUGCAGGUGGUGAGGCGCUUCCUCAAGCAGAUGGCGCAGCCCUUCACGCGGGAGGACCAGCUGGGACUCUCGCUGCUGACGGCUGAACAGCUGGAGUCCCAAGACACCAAGAAGAAGCUGGAGAGUCGGAUACAGCUGUAUUAACCGGCCAACCCCCCUUCGACGUGUAAAUAAUACCCUGUACAUAAAAUGCAUCGAUCG